AUGGCUAGGUUUACGUUGCCCACCCCUGCGAGUAUCGCCGCCGCCCCCACCUUCUCAGCGGCUCCCGCGGGCGCCUCACCCCCACCUUCUCAGCGGCUCCCGCGGGCGCCUCACUCCCACCUACUCCGCGGCCCCCGCCGGCGCCUCGCCCCCCACCUUCUCCGCGGCCCCCGCCGGCGCCUCGCCCCCACCUUCUCCGCGGCUCCUGCCGGCGCCAGGCUCCCCACGCGACGGUCGCCUCCCUUCGCCAACCGGCCACCUCCCGCUUCAGGCAGUUCAGGCGUCGCCCCUUCGCCUCCUUCUGGCUGCCCUCGGCGACGCUCCAGCCGCCACUCCGCCUCGUCCCUGGUGGGAGGUCCGUCACCGGUCCAUCCAGCGGUCCAAACCCACCGCCCGAGGCCGUUCACCUUCGCAGCACCCCUUUCCAGCAGCCAUCGUGAGGUGUUCAGUCCAGCUCCUGCAACCAACACAGGCCGUUGCCCCUUUUGCCACAACGGCACCAGCACAAACACGAGCGUGGUCAUCCUCAACCAGUUCCUCACGCGGCCUCCGCGCAAGCCCUGCUCGUGUAUGCUUACACCAAAAGUACAACUCUUGCUACUCUCCUUGUACUUGCACUUGCUUAUUUUCUAAGCAAUAAUCCUAUUGCUUCCUCUUGGGGAAAGGGAUCCCAUGUUGAA